AAGGUUUUGCCUACCCACGACUCCCCGGACCACCGUAGAUUCGCCGGCGAUUCAACCGCCAGCCGAUACAUCCGGUGAAUGUGAAGGAAGAAGGGUUUUAAAUUUAGGGUUUUUCUUCUUCUAGCUUCAAUCUCACUGCCAUGAAAGAUAUGAACUGGGUUCCUCCUCUUAACAAAUCCCCAUAUACAAACCCUUCUUCUGAUUUGCCCAAGAUUCUACUCUAUGCUCUUCGAUCGACAGAGGGUCUUAAAUCGAAUCUCCUAAAAAAGUUCUAUUCUUUGCUUAUACAAUUUUCUUCAAGUGUUCCAGAGCAUGACCCAAUAUCUGAAACUGCUUCAACUUGCUGGUUGUUAAAUGUUGAUCCUUACCAUAAAGUGUCAUUUGAAGAUAUAAGCUUUAUCUCGGAUGUAUUGUCUGAAGAAGUUUCUAAGAUGUUCAACCAGAUUAUGUCUAUUUCAUCUCCUGAUUCCUUAAGGAAUGAUUCAGAUAAAGCAACUACCUUGGCUUGUGUUGAAAUACUGAAGCUUCUUCUUCGUUGCUAUAUGAUCUUGCUGAGCUUUUUUGAGAAGGAUCAACAUAAACUUAUGUCUCAUAGUCGGGUUCUUUUCGAUAUGCUUAAACGAUUAGUUGAUUCUUUGCAUUCGUUAGAGCCUUCUGAUGAGCUAGUUCCCCUUUUGUGUACGAUCCUCGAGGUUUUUGUAGAUGAGCUUUCAGUUAGUAGUCGACUGAGGGAAUACUUUAAGUUGGCCGAUUCAGCUUUCAAGAAGGGAUGGAGCUAUGAUAAUGCUGGAAUAGUAAUGGAACUGAUCUCUGAACAGUUUUGUGCUUCGUUUUCUCAUGAACAAGCAUUCAAAACCUUCAUUGAGAAAUUAUUCGAUACGAAAAUGAGUGAACUGAGUCUGACUGCUGUUGGAUCGUUGAUUCUUAAUCCGGUCCUGUUUUCUGCUCCAAAACUUUUUCAGGCAUAUAUUGUUUCUUUAGCUUCUCAAGCAAUUCGUAUCAGACAAGGUUUAAAUUGUGUUCAUCCAGAAAUAUACCUUUCAAUAUUUGAUAUGGCUGUUACAGUCUACAGCAAGAACUUUUCUUCCAUUCCUAAAUGCAACCCUAAUCGACAGUCAUCCGACUACUUGUCUUGUAUUAAGCCAGUAACACGAGACAGAAUUGACAAUGUAAUAGGAAAUUUAGACAAUUAUUGGAGAUUAAACCUGCAAAAGACAUUCUCGAGGACAAAAUCCGAUCUUCUUGCUUCGUCCAUUGCAUACGUGAAGGAGAGUAGUCAUUUGGUUCUUAACAUGCAUUAUAAAGAUGAGAUAAUAUCGGUUUUAUCUCAACUGAUACAUAAUGCAUCUGCUGUUAAGGUGGAUUAUAUGUCUAUAGAUGUCGAUAAUGACAUACCUCAAGACAUGUAUCUUCUUGCUUCAUCUUUGGACUUUGUGAGCAGUUCGUUUUCGCAAGUUUUGCAGUAUCUAGUGCAAUUUAGGACCAUGGUGACUUCUCGAAAUCUCUUGAAGGUUAUACAGUGUUUCGGAAAACUCGGAAUUUGUUCAACAAAUGAAAAGCUACUAAACGACAUGGAAUCGAAGAUGAUGUUUGUUCAUUUUUAUGGUUUGCUCUCUUUGAGCUUCGAUAAGUCGCUUGAUUUCUUAGUGAAGGGAUGCAUAUCGAUGAUCGCAGCUUUGCUUAAUCUAUUUGUUUUUGAAGAAGGGGGCUUACUUGGUUUGCAACCAUUUAUUAAUGAUAGUGCGCAUGGACAGUCUCGUGAGAACAUUGAGAUUGGUGUAGAUCAUUCAUCUAGUCUCGUUAUUGCCUCAAAAUUCUUGAAGAUACAAAAACUUUGCUUAAGAUCACGAUCUUCAGGUUGCAGUACGAGUGAGGAUGUGAAUUUAAAGGGAACUCCGUUAGAUGUCACCCCAAACAAAGACAGUUCAAAUGGUUCUGUUUGCAUUGAAGAAGAAUUUUCGGAGACAACCUGCAAGGGGGAUAUUUACCUGAAUUGCACUAUGGGAAAUGACAGAAGACCAGAUGAUUUUGAUGAUUUAGCUGAUUUUGUAGAAUGCAAGAAAGGAAAGGAUUAUUCAAGUUGGCUUAAGAAUCGUGAAAGGUAUAGAAGACAGAAAUUUGAAAGAAAGGCAGUAUUGCAGUGGGAAAGAAAAAAGAAAGCCUGGAGAAGCAAAUGAAAAGACUAUGAAAGUUUAGUUUAAUGUAAUGUUAUGUAUACUUUGAGUAGUGUAGAAGUAUGUCAAUAUAUGAUGACCAAUAGUUCACUGUUCUUUGACGGUUUUUCUUUCCUUUUCUUUUUGUUUUUUUGGAGCCACAUAUUCAAAUGUGCGACUUACCUUAUCGUAGUUUUUACAAGAAAGUACCAAAAAAAAGAGCAAUUGUUUUUCGAACCUUAUCAUUCUAGCAAUGGGCAUCAUAUAGUUCGA